CCUUCAACUCUUCAACGGCCAUCCAAAUUCCAAAUCCAUGGUGUUGUGGCACAACCAUCACUUCACAAUUUCUUCUUCUUCUUUUUCUUCCCCGCUAAACCCCAUAUCAACACAACCAUGUUGCAUAACCUUUUCUACCCUUUUGACUCCAUUGUUGUAACACCAACAAAACCCAUAAAGAUGUUACCUUUACCUUGUUCCACAACCACUUCAUCGUUCUCUGCUUUCCCAUGUACCCUUAACAUCAUCAACAAAUUCAACUACAAUAAACUGAUAAUCAUGGCAGUCCCACCUUCUUCUUCUUCUUCUUCCAUUCACUAUGAUAGCCUCAGGGUGCUUGAAUGGGACAAGCUUUCUGACUUGGUUGCUUCCUUUGCUACAACUUCAUUGGGUCGUGAAGCUCUCAAGGCCCAGUUAUGGUCCUUGAAUAGAACGUACGAGGAAAGUCUCAGGCUUCUCGGUGAAACCAAUGCAGCAGUUGAGAUGAACAAGCAUGGAAGCUGUAGAUUGCGAUUUGGACAUGUUGAUGUUAUGCUGGUGAAAGCUGCUAUUCGGCAAGGCAGGAGAAGUAUGCCGGUUAAUGGAUAUGAGGCAAGGGCUGUCAUGGCUCUUUUGCAAUGUGCUGAGACGUUGCAGGGUGAUCUAAAAGUGGCCAUAAAGGAAGACAAGGACUGGUAUAGUCGUUUCAUGCCUCUUACAGAAGUGAUCAUGGAAUUUGUCGUUAAUCGAUCUCUAGUUAAAAUGAUAGAACAAGUUAUCGAUGAAGAUGGCUCUGUUAAGGACUCUGCGAGUCCAGCCCUUAAACAAUCACGGCAGCAAGUCAGAGUACUAGAGGGAAAGAUACAACAGUUAAUGGAGAAUUUAAUCAGGAACGAAAGGAGUGAAUCAUCAAUUCUUGAAGUGAACAAAGUUGAUGGAAGGUGGUGCAUAAAAGUGAAUUCUGGACAGAAGACAAGUUUUAAUGGUCUAUUGUUGUCCAGUGGUUCAGGAGUAGGGAGUACUAUAGAGCCACUUUCCGCUGUUCCCUUAAAUGAUGAGUUGCAGAGAACAAGAACUUUGGUGGCUAAGGCUGAGUCAGAUGUGCUUUUGGCAUUAACCAAAAAGAUGCAUCCGGACCUUGAUGAUAUUGAAAAGAUAUUGAAGAGUUUGGUUCAUCUGGAUGUGAUUAAUGCUCGAGCGACUUAUGGUCUUUCAUUUGGAGGGUCAAGUCCUAAUAUGUUUCUUCCGGAUUUCAAUAGCCCUUCUAAAUCUGAAGGCAAUAACAAGGAAUGGACAUUGUAUUUGCCAAAAGCAUAUCAUCCUUUAUUACUUCAAAGGCAUAAGGAGAAUUUGCAGAAGGCCAAAAAGGAUGUAAACGUUUCUUCUUCAGCUGCCGCAGUGGAGAAUGCCUCACCAGUACCAGUUGAUUUUUUGGUAUCUCGUAAAACUCGUGUUAUAGUUAUAACUGGUCCGAAUACUGGUGGUAAAACCAUAUGUCUGAAGACUGUCGGAUUGGCUGCUAUGAUGGCAAAAUCAGGUCUUUAUGUUCUUGCUUCUGAAUCUGCACGAAUUCCUUGGUUUGAUUCAGUUUUUGCCGACAUUGGUGAUGAGCAGUCCUUAUCACAGUCUUUGUCUACCUUCUCUGGCCACCUAAGACAAAUAAGUAAUAUUAGAUUGCAGUCAACAAACCAAUCUUUGGUGCUACUAGACGAGGUUGGUGCAGGAACAAACCCCCUUGAAGGAGCAGCAUUAGGCAUGUCAUUAUUGGAAUCUUUUGCUCAAGAUGGUUCUUUGCUGACCAUAGCUACAACUCAUCAUGGUGAACUGAAAACUCUGAAAUACAGUAAUGAAGCAUUCGAAAAUGCAUGUAUGGAGUUUGAUGAGGUGAAUUUGAAGCCAACUUACAAGGUUCUCUGGGGUGUACCAGGGCGCUCAAAUGCAAUCAAUAUAGCAGAGAGAUUGGGACUACCUUCUGUUGUUGUGGAUACCACCCGUAAGUUAUAUGGGGUUAUAAUGCAUAAUUGCAUAUUCAUGGGGAUUUGGCGGUUCCCUGUGCGGUGGGUAAUAACUGAUAUGGAAAAGUUGAAACAAGAUUACCAAGAGCUAUUGGACGGUUCACGUCAUCAUCUGAUGCGCUCCAGAGAACUUUACAAUAGUCUGUUGGACACGAAAAGGAAGAUAACGGAACAUGGUAUUAAUCUAAGAUACAAAAAGAUGAGAGAUGUAUCUGAGGCUGCAGCAUCAGCGAGGUCCAUCCUUCACAAGAAAGUAAGGCAGCUGAGUGCAUCAGCUAAGCUACAGCCGCACAAUAAAACCGGCAAGAGCUCUCAGUUGUCAGCAACCAGCAGCAGCCCUAUUACCAUAGAUAAAAAGGAACCUACCAUCACUGAUAGAAAGGCUCCUGCUGUAAAAAAUAUUAACCAAUCAUCAUCAGAUAGGUCAAAGCUUCCCAAGGUUGGUGAUAUGGUACAUGUCUCUUCGCUUGGUAAAAAAGUGUCUGUUUUAAAAGUCGAUUCGUCCAAAGGAGAGGUGGUGGUUCAAGCUGGAAACAUGAAGUUGAAACUAAAUGUAAUGGACAUUCAAAGAUCCUAGAUGUUUGGCAAUUACAUGAUCCGAGAUAAAAACUGUAAACCUCCAAGAAAUUUAUUUAUAUGCUUUGGUAUCUGCUGAAACGGAGGUGAGUGACUUUCAGAAACUUCAGUUCCUUGAUUUAGAUGCAUGCAUCAGGAAUUCCGGUUUUAAAAUACUGUAAGCAGUGCCAAAAGUUGGUGUGUUAAUUGUGCAAGAAUGAACUGAAGCUGCAAGAAUAGUAAACAAAGUAUUAUUUUUUUAAGAAAAAUGAUGGGCAACUGAUGGUGUGUGCUUUCUUAGUGGAAAGAACAAUGACAAGUAUUCAGAAUCAUGGCCUUUUUUGUAGAAUGUAGAUGGAAUGUUUUUGCACCCUCUCCAAGACACUAACGGAUUCCUGUUAUGUGCUUUGGUUCCUUUAUUCAAGAAAACUGCUCCAUACUCCAAUGGGAAGGUCGGUUGAGUCCAUUUGAGUGGUAAAAUAUUAUGACAAUUGAAGAAUGCUGUGUUCAUGGGUUUUUGUAAUUAGACAUGUGAUGAGACAAAUCUAUUGUACUUUUUAAGGUAUAAAAAACUAAAGAAAAAAAGUUAUAAAAGUGUGACCGAGUUCUACUUUCUAGACUUCA